UAGCUGCCGGGGCUGCCAGGAUGCCGCCGCGGAGCGGGCGUCUUCUCCUGCUGCUCCUGCUGCCCUUGCUCUUCGGAGACGCUUCCCGAGCCCGGGGCAAGUCCCCUCCGGAGCCCCCCAACCCGCAGGAGGUGCUCAUCAAGGUCCAGGUGUAUGUCAGUGGGGAACUAGCCCCCCUAUCACGGGCCUCUGUAGAUGUGUUUGGGAACCGGACCCUGCUGGCCACAGGCACCACCGAUGCAGAGGGGGUGGCUAUGCUGCCUCUCAACUAUCGCCUGGGCACCUGGGUGCUGGUCACUGCUGCCCAGCCUGGCUUCCUCACCAACUCGGUGCCCUGGCGUGUCGACAAGCUGCCCUUGUAUGCCUCCGUCAGCCUCUACCUGCUUCCUGAGCGCCCUGCCACCCUCAUCCUCUAUGAGGACCUAGUCCACAUUCUGCUGGGCUCCCCAGGAGCCCGCUCUCAGCCCUGGGUACAGUUCCAACGCCGGGCUGCUCGUCUUCCCCGAAGCUCCACCUACAGCCAACUCUGGGCCUCGCUUACACCUGCCAGCACAGAACAGGAGAUGAGGGCCUUCCCCGCCUUCCUGGGCACUGAAGGCAAUAGUUCAGCCAACAGUUCCUGGCUGGAGCUGGCACCCCUGGCUGCGGUAAGCGUCCACCUGCUGACUGGCAAUGGCACAGAGGUGCCACUCUCAGGGCCCGUGCACUUCUCACUGCCCCUUCCCCCUGGACCGCGAGCCCUUGGUACCAGUAGUAUUCCUGCCUGGAGAUUUGACCCCAAGAGCGGACUUUGGGUACGAAAUGGGACAGGCCUGAUCAGAAGGGAGGGAAGGCAACUCUACUGGACCUUUGUCUCCCCUCAGCUGGGCUACUGGGCUGCUGCCCUGGCAUCCCCUGCCUAUUCUGGCACAGGGCUGGUGACUGUCACGUCAGGCAUUAAAGACAUCAGCACCUACCACACCAUCUUCCUGCUCACCAUCCUGGGAGCCCUGGCUUUGCUUGUGCUCAGCUUGCUCUGCCUUCUCAUCUACUACUGCAGAAGGCGCUGCCUGAAACCACGGCAGCAGCUGCAUAAGCUGCCUCUCUCUGGGCCCCUGGAAAGUAACAAGAAGGACCAGGCCACCUCGAUGUCUCAGCUCCACCUGAUCUGCGGGGGAUCCCUGGAGCCUCCUUCCACAGGGGACCCUGAAGCACCACCUCCUGGGGCCCUGCAUUCUGCCUUCUCCAGCUCCCGAGACCUGGCCAGCUCCAGAGAUGACUUCUUCCGUGCCAAGCCUCGCCCAGCUGGCCGGGUAUCAGCAGAGCCCCCUUGUGCUCGGGCAGCUGAGGGGGCAGGUCUUAAGGGAGCCCGCUCUGUGGAGGGUGCUGGGGGACUGGAGCCAAACCUGGAAGAGUACCCCCGUCGGGCCGUGGGAGGAGCCACCUACAUCCACGAUCCUCCAUCCCCACCUCCGCUGCCCUCCCCCUUUGACCACUUCUUAGGGCACAAAGCUAACACAGAAGGCAAGGCCCCUGACUUCCUGCUCUCCCAGUCUGUGGACCAGCUGUCCCGCCCACCGUCCCUCAGCCAGGCUGGCCAGUUGAUCUUCUGUGGAUCCAUUGACCACCUGAAGGACAGUGUCUACCGAAAUGUCAUGCCUACUCUGGUCAUCCCCGCCCACUAUGUGAGGCUAGGGGAGUCGGGUACAGCCUCGGGAGAGGAGUCCGCCCCACCUGAAGGGGCCACUCAAGGCCCUGCCCGGCCCUUUCCUCAACCUGACCCCCAGCGCCAGCUCCUGCAGGGCCACCCAGGUGCAGGCAGUGAAAGUGGAGAGAGCUGGGCAGGUGCCCGAUCCACACCAGUCAGUGGCUCUGUCACCAUUCCUGUCCUCUUCAAUGAGUCUACCAUGGCCCAGCUGAAUGGAGAGCUGCAGGCCCUCACUGAGAAAAAGCUGCUAGAGUUGGGGGUGAAGCCCCACCCACGGGCAUGGUUUGUGUCUUUGGAUGGGCGCUCCAACUCCCAGGUGCGCCAUUCCUACAUUGACCUGCAGGCAGGUGGGGGCAGCGGUGGGCGAAGCACCGAUGCCAGCCUGGACUCGGGCGUGGAUGUGCACGAGGCCAGGCCCCUGCCUCGGCGAAGGCCACAGGGCCCCCGGGGGGAAGAGCGGGCCCCAGCCCCAACUCCGGCCCCCCCACCAGCCCCGCCCCGCCUGGCCCUGAGCGAGGACACAGAGCCCAGCAGCAGUGAGAGCCGCACUGGCCUCUGCUCCCCAGAGGACAACUCCCUGACUCCACUGCUGGAUGAAGCAGUUGCACCAGAGGGCCGGGCGGCCACAGUGCCCAGGGGCCGGGGCCGCAGUCGGGGAGACAGCUCCCGCAGCAGUGCCAGUGAGCUGCGGCGGGACUCCCUCACCAGCCCCGAGGACGAGCUGGGCGUCGAGGUGGGCGAUGAGGCUGGGGAUAAGAAAAGCCCCUGGCAGAGGAGGGAGGAGAGGCCAUUGAUGGUGUUCAAUGUUAAGUAACCCCUCCCCUAGAGCUGGCACUGUGGUGGCAUUGGGGGUGCCCAAGACUUGGGCCCUCCUCAAACGCACACCCUUUCCAGAGUGUCGGUGCCAGGGAUAGGUGAUACCCAGGUGCCCCAGCAGGCAGCGCCAACCUUGAAGAGGUGUCUGGUGAAGCCCUUAAAAUGGUCCUUAGUCAUCUAGGGCUGUAUAGUGUCUGGGAUGGGAGGGAGGCCAGGGGCUAGGCCUGUAAAUCUGCACCGCUCCCCUUUCCUUUCCCUGGGGUUCUUGGAGUUGCCAGGAGAAUGCCUCAGGGGGAAGGGGAGGGUGAUUGGUGGGGGAAGACAGGCUAUGAGGAGGGGGAGAAGGUGGGAGGGGAGGGAUUUGUCCCUGACCUCCCAACAUUACCAUGCUAUGCUGGGGGUUACCCCCCCCAAGUGCCUUUUCUCCCUGGCAACCCGGGAGGGAGAGGGACUAGGGCUUUCAAGGUCCAUGAAAAGGAAUGCCUGGUCCCAAACCUUAAAAAAAAACAAAACCCUUUUGGAGGCUGGGGGGAAGGGAGAGACUCCCAUCAUUUGUACAAAUACCCUGUAUAUAGAAAGCUCUAUUGUGGGGAAGAUGGGGGUAGGGAGACUGGUCAGA